ACUCACGGAAUUUAAAUUAAUUAUUGCAAAAAAAAAAAGAGAAAAACAAAAACGAGCUGUUUUCAUUUCUCUUUCAUCUGCACUGCCACAGCAAAGCAACUUAUUUUCUCUCUGUUUUCUUGAAGCAGAUCCUCUCUGUUCUUCUUUCUUUAUCUUCAGAAUCCAGUUUCUCUGUUGCUGUUUCCUCUUUCGAAUCUCGCAGAAACAUUUUGCGACAGUUUUUUCGGACUUUUUUACUUCAUAUAAAUGCGUCAACCGUUUACAGGUUGCAGCUGUGUAAAUGGACUGGAGGCUUGAAUAGAAAAAAUCAAAGCACAGAAAUGAAAGGAGAGUCAUCCGGGUUGAUAAUUGGGAUAUCCAUAGGAGUGGUGAUCGGAGUGGUUUUGGCUAUUUCUGCGCUGUUUUGCAUUAGGUACCAUAGGAAACGAUCCCAAAUAGGGAAUAGUAGUUCCCGAAGGGCGGCUGCUAUUCCUAUUCGUGCAAAUGGUGCUGAUUCUUGUAGUAUAUUGUCAGACUCAACCGUUGGUCCAGAGUCUCCUGUGAAAUCUGGACGAAAUGGCAAGUCCAUGUGGCUUGAAGGGUUCAAGAGGAGCAAUGUGGUGUCAGCGUCUGGAAUACCUGAGUAUUCUUAUAAGGAUUUGCAAAAGGCAACAUACAAUUUUACAACAUUAAUAGGGCAAGGGGCAUUUGGUCCUGUAUACAAAGCUCAGAUGUCAACUGGUGAGACUGUUGCCGUUAAAGUGCUUGCAACUGAUUCUAAACAAGGAGAGAAGGAAUUCCAGACAGAGGUCAUGCUAUUAGGAAGGCUGCAUCACAGAAAUCUCGUGAAUUUAGUUGGAUAUUGUGCAGAAAAGGGCCAGCACAUGCUUAUAUAUGUCUACAUGAGUAAAGGAUGCUUGGCUUCUCAUUUGUACAGUAAAAAUCAUGAACCAUUAAGCUGGGAUUUGAGGGUUUAUAUUGCUUUAGAUGUAGCGAGGGGCUUGGAGUAUCUGCAUGAUGGGGCAGUUCCUCCGAUUAUACAUAGGGACAUUAAAUCUUCCAAUAUUCUGUUGGAUCAUUCCAUGAGAGCCAGGGUAGCUGAUUUUGGUCUUUCAAGAGAAGAGAUGGUAGACAAACAUGCAGCCAAUAUACGAGGAACAUUUGGAUAUCUUGACCCUGAGUAUGUAUCUACAAGGAAUUUCACCAAGAAAAGUGAUGUUUAUAGCUUUGGAGUGUUGCUCUUUGAACUUAUAGCUGGCAGAAACCCUUUACAGGGUCUCAUGGAAUAUGUUGAGCUUGCUGCAAUGGAUACCGAGGGGAAAACUGGAUGGGAGGAAAUCGGAGAUUCUCGCUUGGAUGGGAACUUCGAUGUGCAAGAGCUCAAUGAAGUAGCAGCUCUUGCAUACAGAUGUGUCAACCGGAACCCAAGAAAACGGCCUUCCAUGAGAGACAUUGUACAAGUGCUGUCAAAAAUCCUCAAAAUGAGGCACAGUAGGAGGCAUCAUCACCAGAAGUCUCAUUCUGCCACCGGAGAUGACGUUUCAGUUGAUCUAGAACAAGGAACAAAGAUGUCAAUCCCCGAACACCGACGGGAGGAAUCCAUCGAAAGUGCAGCGGACACAUACGAAGUAUAGACUUCUGGGUUUCCAUAUUUUGGUUUGUUAAUUCCUUGAUUUUGGUUUUGCUUUGUGAUAUAAUUGCAGCUUACAGGAGCUAGGACACCCAAAUAGUUCUGAUUUCUGGUAGUGUUUAGGAGGGAAAGAUUUGGUGUUUGUAAUUUUGUGUAAUAUAUGUAGGCAUCUCAUCCUUUUCAUGAUUUUUAAUUAAUUUCUGGGAAAUGGCAUCGUCGUAAUUUUGUAAA